AUGGAGGAUUGCAGCUGCUUCCUCCAGGACGUAGCUCGAGGCUGGUCCUUCAAAAGCUUUCUGAUGGCAGCGGGCCUUCCUUCGCUGAGCUACCUCUUGCAGAAUUUGUGCAUCCAGGUGGCGUAUCAACAGCUGGACGGCAUCGUUUUUAACAUCUUGAACCAGACAAAGAUGCUUUUCACGGCUUUCUUCGUCUACCUGAUUCUUGGAAGGCGGCAAUCUCCCGCGCAGUGCUGCGCGCUUCUGCUCUUGUCCUUCGCUGGUGUCCUCGUGAGUCUCUCGGAGGCAAAGGAGGCAAAGGCCUCGAGCUCGGCUUCGGCGUCGAGCUCUGAGAGCUUUUGGAUGGGCAUCUGUUGCAUCGUGUCUGCAUCCGCACUCUCCGGAUUCGGCGGGGCAGUCUCCGAGUGGGUUCUACAGCGAGAACAGCGCAACAGCUACCUCUUUAGCUGUGAGAUGGCCGUGCUUGGCUGCUCUGCGAUCUUUGCGGGUCGCUUCUUGAGCAAUCAGCAGGAGGAGGGUCUCUUUGAGCGAUGGACCGGACGAACCCUCAUCCCGGUCCUGACGCAGGGCUGGGGUGGCAUCGUGGUUGGCCUCAUUGCAAAGACAUCUGGGAGCGUUCGCAAGGGCUUUGCUGUGAUGGUUGGCCUCCUCUUGACCUGCUUGCUGAAGUGGGCGGUGGAGGGCAAAGAACUUAGUUGGUCAGCUGUCGUUGCGGUGCCGCUUGUGGCACUGAGCAUCUACCUGCACGACUCCGAGAUGACUGUGUCGGACGACCGCGGCGCCGAGGCUCCGGCCGAAGCUGGAGGUGCAGUGCCGGCCGACACGGGGGCUGGGGUUUCGGCGCCCACUGGCCAUGCGGAAGAGACUCCUGCGCUCCGCGGCAGCACCACCUCAAAGCAGACUCGCUUUGAUGCAGAGCCACCCGAGCAGCAUGCGAUUCCAACUGAGCAGCCUGCAGCACCUCCGGCAGAGGAGAAGGAGGUUGCGAAGAAGCCGAGCCGAGCCCGAAAGAGCUGGUUCGGCGGCGGGCAAGAUGUUGGCACUGCGUCUGAGGUGUUCCUUCAGCAGUUCGCACCGAAGACAGGGACGUCUUUACCCGCGUACCUCGCACAAGUUAACGAGCAAGCCCAGUGCGGGCUGUUCUGCCAUCAGCUUGGCUCUGCAAAAGGAGAUGUCUACGAUGCACAUGCCUUUGCCAGGCUCGAACGUGCAGUUCUGCUGACUCAGAAGACGGUGGACAUUUGCAGCGAAGGGCCGCUGGAAGUGCUCGAGAAGUUCCGCAAGUACUCGUACUUGCUGUCCGAGAAGGUGGAAGACUUCGACCCGACGGACAUCGACGCCUGCCGCGCGCGCAUCGAGGGCUACCGAAAUGCGAAGUACGAAGUGCAAGUUCUUUCUGAGAGCUUCAAGGACUUCCCUUUCUUUCGGCUGCGAUGCGCCGACAUGAUUCAGAUGUUGGCUGAGAAGGCCGAAGCCUUGGCACAGGAGUGCCUUCGGCAGUGCAACGCCAACAUUGAAGAGAGGGCAGAUGCCAUUUUGGAAGAGUGGGACUCCACGCACAAGCGGAUCCUCGCUAGCCCGGACUCGGAGAAAGACAUGGCGGAGCUCCGUGAGUUCAUGGAGGUGGUACAGAAGAAAGUGGUGAAGCCCUUGAUGGAGCGCACUCGAGUGGUGCACCAGCAGAUGAACAUGGUCGAGGACUUUGGCCAUGACGUGGGUGGCGAAGUCGUGGAGAAAGCAUUCCGCUCGUUCGAGUGGCCUUUGCAGAUCAACAUGGACGUCAUGGAGGCCGACCGCCAGUUGAACAAAGACAAGAUCGCCUUUAUGGAGCAGCUCCAGCGCGAAGUGGAGGAGUACCAGAAGGACUUCCAGAACUACUCUGCCGAAUUGGAAUGGGUCAAGGGCCUGGACUCCUAUGCCGUGGCCGGCCAAGUAGCGCAGAAGAUCUUCUCGCUACAGGACAACCUCGUCAGAGCGACGGAGAGGGUCAAGUCCUUCUCUGACCGGGAGAAGCUCUUUCAGAUCGACCAGCGCGAUUAUUCUGAUCUCGAGGUUCUCCAGGAUGAGUUCAAGCCCUACUUUGACCUGUGGUCCAUGGCCAUCGACUACAAUGGGUGUGAGGAGGAAUGGCUGAGCGGCAAGCUUGCAAACUUGACAGCCAACGAAGUGGAACAGACCGUCGACGACAACUUCAAGGAUUCCUACAAGGCCUUCAAAUCCUUCGAGGGGUCGCCAAAUCCACAAAAGGUGGCUCAGGAGCUCAGAAGCGCCGUGCAGGCCUUCAAAAAGAACAUGCCCAUCAUCCAGGGGCUCUGCCAGCCGGCCAUCAAGACCUCGCACCUCCUUCAGCUCUUUGAGGAUAUGGAUGUUGACAUCGAUAUGGAGGAUGGUCUGACGUUAACGAUGUGCUUGGAGGCAGGUAUGCUCAACCACAUCGACAAGGUGGAAGCCAUCAGCACGUCGGCUCAGAAGCAGCAUGGAUUGAAGGUGGCACUCCAAACCAUGAAGAACGAAUGGAAGUCGAUGGCGUUUGGAACCCUGCCCUACAAGAACACAGGCACUUUUCUUCUCAAAGGAGCUGACGAUGUGCAGGCUCUCCUGGACGAUCACAUCAUCAAGACCCAGGCCGUUCGAGGCUCGCCCUUCGUCAAGCCCAUCGAGAAGGAGGUGAAGGACUGGGAAGCCAAGCUCAUCUACAUCCAGGAUUUACUGGAACAGUGGCUGAUGGUUCAGAGGACAUGGCUCUACCUGGAGCCAAUCUUCAGCUCUGAAGACAUCGUCAGACAAAUGCCAGGGGAAGCCACAAAGUUCCAAAAUGUGGACAAGCUCUGGCGUGACACAAUGGCUGCAGUGGAUGAGAAUCCGACGGUCUUGGAUGUGACAGAGAUCGAGAACUUGCUGGUCAACUUUACGGAUGCCAACAAGAAGUGGGCUGCCCCAGUGUUCGGUCGGGUUCUUCGCCAAGAUGAUUUGGUACAGACCAUGCGGGAGAGCCCAGCAGCCCCGGUGCCAGCGGCCCCUGUGCCAGCAGCCCCGGUGCCAGCAGCCCCGGUGCCUGCAGCCCCGGUGCCAGCAGCCCCGGUGACCCCGGUCAUCGAGCCACCCGAGGAGCUGACUGGCGGUGCGCUGGUGGCCUUCACUCGCAAUGAAUACUUGGAGGUGUUGGCCAAGGAGGGAAUUCCAGCAAGCAGGGGGUGCUGGCUUUACGGAGACUACUUGAACGACAUCCCCUUUGUGACCGACCCCGUCUCCUGUGCACAGGCUUGCAGCUUGGACGAGAAGUGCUUUCAUUGGAACUUCAAGUUCAUGGUGAAGCGCUGCGACCUGAAGGCCUACAACGGUGGUGUGAACCAGGACAUCGGUGAUUGGAUCACCGGUGAUGCGGCGAGGAACGGCGGAGGUGCUUGGGGUCAUGUGCAAUGUUACGGACAGGAUGCCGAGUACACAUCCCGGCUCGACCAGAUCCAGAAGUGCUUGAACGACUACUUGGAGACGAAGCGACUGGCCUUCCCUCGAUUCUUCUUCUUGUCUAACGACGAGCUGUUGAUGAUCCUGUCCCAGACCAAGGAUCCGACGGCCGUGCAGCCGCACAUGGGCAAGUGCUUCGAAGGCAUCAACAAAGUUCGCUUCGAUGGCAAUUCUGAAAUCAUCGAAGCGAUGCUGUCCGUCGAGGGUGAAGUGGUGGAGCUCAUCAACCAGGUCAACGUCAACGAGGGCGAGAAAAAGGGCAACGUGGAGCGCUGGCUGCUCGAAGUGCAGGAAUCCAUGAUCAAGACCCUGACCAAGAUCAUGGGGGACUCCGUCCGUUCCUAUGCAGAGACGCAGCGGGGCAAGUGGGUCCUUUCCUGGCCAGGGCAGGUUGUCAUCGCAGUCGACAAUAUUUAUUGGACGCAAGAGGUCGCGGAAGCAAUCGAGAAGGGGAAGCUCAUGUUGGCAGAGUGGUCUUGCGUGGAUAACAGUGGCUUGCCUAGUUGCGGCCCUGCCAUGGCUCCGGCCGAAGAAGAACAUUCCCCACCAUGGGUGGUGGUCCUUGCGACGCUGGUGGCAAUUCUGUUGCCAGAAGCGAUCGUUGUUGCAGCCUUUUCCAGCAUGGGAGCGGGGAUCAAGGUCGCAGAGAUAGCAGCCGACAGCCAGAUCAACAUGCUUGGCAAUGCCGCUGGUGGGAUCUGCCUGCUGCUUCUAAUCUUCGCAUUUGUCAUCGACCUCUUCACUCGACCGCUUUAUGUGCAGCUGCCUGUGGGGUUGAUCAUGGCGUGUGCAUUCCUCGCGGCUGCAUCUAUGAAACACAUCUCACUGCCAUGGCUCAGUGGGCUGACAUGCCUCGGCCUUACCGUGGUGAUGAUAGUGAUCGUGCGGCGGCGGUGUUUCAAGCCAGGGCAGGUGAGCGGUCGAGCCUUCUUCAACAGUCUGGCUGCGAGCUUCAUUCUCGGGGCGCUGAUCGCGAUAGCAGCAUGGGUGGGUUGGAUGGCGUUUACUGACAGAAUGUGGUACGAAGAAACUCGAGUGUGGCUAGCAGCUGAGAACUCGGCAGUGUAUGCAUACUUCUACACGAACUUCACCCUGGACUACCCGACCUACUGCAGCUCCGAGACCAAGAAUGCCACGCUCCUCAGCACAUUCUCGGACGAUGGCCGUGCGCAGAUCCAGUCCGCCUGUUCAAAAUCAGAGACGGUUUGGUUCCUGCAGUGGUCGGCCCCAUGCGCUGUGGGCAUUUGCAAUCUCAUCCUCGCGGCAUUCAGUUGGGUCUUUGCACAGGCCACCGGGGGCGUCGAUUUGCGAGUUGGCAGCGAAGCUGCGCGUGUCAAGAAGGCACUGAAGCUCUGCCUGGCUCUGGUCAUCCUGAUGAUAGCCAUCAUGUACACUGCACAGUAUGUGUCGGGUGCCAACGUCACCGUGAGCGCCGGACUCGUGUGCUUAGCCGCGGCUUCCUUGGCGGGAAUCCUUGGAUUCAUGCUUCUGGAAUUUGGCUUCGACAAGCUCAACGAAGUUUCGACUCAAGAUGGCUUGGCAAAGAACCUGGUGAGCAUCUUGAAAUCAGACUGGAUGAAGGCAAUCGCAGUGGGCGGGCUGAAUGUCUUCAUCCCCAUCAUCGCUCUGCUCGACAUCUUGCGACAGGCUGUUCGGAAGUGUACUCGAAGCACUCUCAGCACUGAUAUCUUCACCGUGGAGGGCCGACGAGUUGUGCGGGAAAUGCGUACAUGGGCCUGGUGUAACAUCUUCUUCAAGGUGAACAUGCUUGGCGAGCUUUUCGUGGCCCUCUUGCUCGGAAUGAAGCUCACCUACGUGUUCUUUUCCUGGCUGAACGAGACGCUGGCUUCCAUGAACCUAAACUUCCUGGUCCUCGCCUUGCUGGUCUGGGGAGUUGGCUUGGCCAUGUUCCUGUGCCCGAUCGUCCCGGGCAGCGCGGUGUACCUUUUCGCAGGCGUGGUUUGCGGCGCCCAGUCGCAGCUGGCUGGCUCCAUCGGCUUCCCUGCAGGUGUGGCUGUUGCUGCUGUCGUAUGCUCGUGUGCGAAGCUGAUGGCUUGCUGCCUACAGUACGCGAUGGGCUAUGCAGCGGGCCAGUCGGUAAAGGUGCAGCAGUUCGUAGGCGUGGACAAGGUGCCCACCCGUGCGAUGGAGCAGAUUUUGAAGCAGGAUGGUCUUAAGAUUGACAAAGUGGCCAUCCUUGUGGGGGGGCCAGACUGGCCGACAAGCGUACUGUGUGGUAUACUCCGCCUCAGAAUCCCUCAGAUGCUGCUGGGGACCACCCCGGUCAUCUUCGUGAGCAUCAUUCCGCAGUGCUUGGUGGGAGCGCUCCUGACAUUUACAGGCGACACCUCGGGCAUCAUGCCGAUGGUCUCUAGCGCCGUGACUCUCGCAGCUGCCACAGUGCAAGCCUCCGAGAUGUUCUUCUUCAGCUACCGCAUCAUGAAGGUCGUGGAGGUGGAUGGGGAGAAGCUUGCGCAGCCCCGGCCAGAGCACGAAGCUGUUGCCGAGCUCACCCGGAAGGAGGCAGCCUACGUCGCGGCCCUGAAGGAGACCUGCCAUUGGAGCAAUAUGGGUUGCCUGCAGAAGCUCAUGGUGUUGUUCUCGUCACUUUGCCUGCUCUUGGCGGGCUUUGUUCUAGCUGCCGACUACUCCUUGGGAGACCAGUUCUGCUUCAGAAGCUUCAGCAUCACCAGCAAGAUUGGUGACCCCUUCGAACUCGGUGGCUUAGACGGCCAAGCCCUGAAUCUAGUAGUUGUCCCAGCAGGCUGGGCCGCAUUAGGCCUGGCUUUCCUGGGCUUUUUCACCCAUAUCAUCGUGAGCAAGUGGUUGGCUUGUGCGGCGCGAGCCAGACUUCUGAAAGCGCCGCAGCCCGAGCAACCUGGAAGCACCACGAUUGGCAAAGUGAACUACGAUGCCUUCAAGGGGCAGGUCUCCCUGCAAUUUUUCUGCAUCUUCUCAACCCCAGGUCGGUUGUGUGCGGGUAUCUACGUCUUCCGGCGUGUUGUUUGCCUCGCGAUUAAAGUUAGUACCUGCGCGUCGCAACUCGCGGACCUGGUGGAGCUCGUCCGCGGUGAGCUCUCCAAGUUGGAGCGGAAGUUGACUGCACAAGCUGUUGAAGCAUGUGGUAGGGCUAUGGUGACCAUUGAUGUCCACAAUCGGGAUGUGGUGGGCAGCCUCCGCGACGCCAAAGUCGCUUCGCCGAAGGACUUUGACUGGAUGGCACAGCUGCGCUACUACUGGGCCCCCACAGGUUCCAUCAUCAUGUAUGAGACACAGAAGCCAAGUACCGUGGACAACUGCCAGGUGUCCAUCAUCAAUGCCAUGCCCUUGGGCUCGCCUGUACUCCUGCAAGCCACGCUUCUGUACGGCUUCGAGUAUCUGGGCAACAGCGAUCGCCUGGUCGUCACGCCGCUGACAGACAGGUGCUACAGGACAUUGAUGGGUGCCUUCCACCUCUUCUAUGGGGGUGCCCCAGAAGGGCCUGCAGGCACUGGCAAGACAGAGUCUACGAAGGUUGUCUUCAAUUGCUCCGAUGGCUUGGACUACUUGGCCAUGGGCAAGUUCUUCAAAGGUUUGGCAUCUUCCGGAGCAUGGUGUUGCUUCGAUGAGCCGGCUGGGUCGUGCUUCCCGCCACAAAUCUGCCUUGUUGCUCGUGCUCCGCCUGUUGAAACUGCGGCUUUCAGGUUCAACCGCAUCGAUUUGGAGGUCUUGUCUGUCAUCGCCCAGCAGGUGGCCUGCAUCCAGGAAGCCAUCCGCAUGAAGAAGGUGGGCUCGUUUGCGCUGAGUUUGCGGCUUCAGGCUCCAAGAGGUCUCUUUUGUAGUGCGCAAACCUCCGAAGCUUCCUCUCUUGUGCAGCGCCGCUUCAUCUUCGAAGAGACGGAGCUGGAGUUGAUUCCAACCUGUGCCGUCAACAUCACCAUGCAAGGGCCACAGAUGGAUGUUCGGAGCCGUCAUCAGGUGAACUCAGACAUCGGAGAUUGCAUCGGUUAA